GAAACAGUGAUGUCACUGUCAGUACUAAAUGAUGUUAUGUUUAAGGUUUGAGGCCUAGUAAGUACAUGUAGGAGUGGAGCAUCCACUCUGGUAUGCCUGCCCUACGAUCUACAAGGGCUCAAGUCCCACCUCCAAAUUACGGAUUAGAUGUGUCAAAUCCAUCCGACAUCCCAAUGGAAGAGCCUGAAGAACAAGCUGCUAGUGAACAACAAGAAAUGGAGGAAGAGCCAGAGAACAUGGACGAUGAUGGUACCACAGAGCAAACUGUAGGCAAGGGACGUGGUAAAAGAAAGAAGGGCCAAGGAAAGCAGGAGGUGGAAGAAGAUCCUAUAGUACCUCCACCUCAGAAGAAACCUCGUCGCUGUGGCAAAGGGAGAGGAAGGCAAGCACCUGUUGAAGAUGGAGCAAGUCUUUUCGAUAUAGUCAAGGGCGGAAGAAGUGCAUUGCGGUCAGUGAUUGACGACUGGAUCGAGCGAUACAAGCAGGACAGGGAUCCGGCGCUGCUCGAGCUCAUGCAGUUCUUCAUACGAUCGUCCGGCUGCAAAGGCUUCAUAACGUCCGAGAUGCAGGAGCAACUGCAGCAUGCGCAGAUCAUCCGCAGAAUGACGGAAGAGUUUGACGAGGACAGCGGCGAUUACCCGCUCAUCAUGGGCGGCCCGCAGUGGAAGAAGUUCCGUAACAACUACUGCGAGUUUGUGGCCGUGCUCGUGCGCCAGUGUCAGUACAGCAUCAUCUACGACCAGUACCUGAUGGACAACGUCAUCUCGCUGCUGACAGGCCUGUCCGACUCGCAGGUGCGAGCGUUCCGUCACACGAGCACUCUAGCCGUGAUGAAGCUGAUGACAGCGUUGGUCGAUGUUGCCCUAAACCUCAGUGUGAACAAGGACUUCACACAGCGGCAGUACGAGGCAGAGAGACAGAAGAACCAAUCAAAGCGAGCAACAGAACGUCUUGAGCUACUCAUGCAGAAGAGAAAGGAGUUGGAGGAACAGACAGAGGAGAUCAGAAACAUGCUGACCUACAUGUUCAAGUCUGUGUUUGUGCAUAGAUAUAGAGAUACAUUGCCCGACAUCAGAUCUAUCUGCAUGGGCGAGAUCGGUAUUUGGAUGAAGAAAUACCCAAACAUGUUUCUGGAUGACGGUUAUCUGAAGUACAUAGGCUGGACGUUACAUGACAAGGUGGGAGACGUGAGACUGAAGUGCCUACAGUCACUCUUACCACUGUACCAGACAGAAGAACUAGGACCAAAAAUGGAAUUGUUUACGAACAAAUUCAAGGAUCGCAUAGUGUCGAUGACGUUAGACAAGGAGUAUGAUGUGGCUGUCCAAGGUGUGAAGCUGGUCAUCGCAAUUCAAAAGAAUCACAAGGACAUCCUCUCGGACAAGGACUGCGAGCACGUGUACGAGCUCGUUUACUCGUCGCACCGCCAGGUGGCGCAGGCUGCCGGCGAGUUUCUGAACGAGAAGCUGUUCACGUUGGACGACGACAUGGAACCGGCGAAGACGAAGCGCGGCAAGAAGCGCAGCAUCAACACGCCACUCAUACGCGACCUGGUGCAGUUCUUUAUCGAGUCGGAGUUGCACGAACACGGUGCGUACCUUGUGGACAGCCUGAUAGACAACCACCCGAUGAUGAAGGACUGGGAGUGCAUGACAGAUCUGCUCUUGGAGGAAUCUGGCAAAGGAGAAGAGCAACUGGAGGACAGAUACGAAACUAGUCUUAUUGAGAUCUUAUGUUGCUGUGUACGACAAGCAGCUACUGGGGAGCCACCUGUUGGCCGCGGGCCGAAUCGCAAACUGUCGACAAAAGAGCAAAAGCAAAUCAUUGACGACAAAGUCAAAUUGACGGAGCACUUUAUCCAGACCUUGCCUCCUUUACUAUCUAAGUACAUACAAGAUCCUGAAAAAAUUGCCAAUCUCAUGAGCAUUCCACAGUAUUUUGAACUGGAAAUCUACACGACGAGCCGCCAGGAAAAGAGUCUGGAGCUGCUGCUGAAGCUGGUGCACGAGGUCGUGCUGCGGCACACGGACGGCGAGGUGCUCGAGGCGUGCGCGAAGACCGUCGAGCUGCUGUGCGGCAACGAGUACGCGAUACGCGGCAAGUGCGAGGUGGCGCGCGCCACGCUGCUCGACCAGCUCAUGGAGAAGUUCCGCGAGGCCUACCAGACGUUCAUCGAAGAGGGUGAAGAUGCUGAUGAGGACGAGGAGUUUGCAUUAAUGUCGAGUAUGAAGCGCAUCACGUCGUUUUCCAGCUGCCACGAUAUGACGGCGUAUAAUCUAUGGGACGCACUAAUGGCUCUCAUAAAAGCAGCGUCUGAAGACAAGCAUCUGCCUGAAGCGAUUUUGUGUAAGUCAAUCAACUGCUGUUCCUACGUACUAAUGUGGAGCCUGGGAAAUUUGGACAAUCACAAUCCUGAUAAGCCUGCAAUGAAGCAGCUGAAGAGAAAUCUGAACGAAUUCAUGUCGUUGUUAAGAACAUUGAUGAUGUCCGCGCAGGAUGCUGUGGAAGAGGAGGCGUUCCUCACUAUAUGCGAUCUGCUGAUCAUCUUCAGCAAGCAGCUGAUGCACACCGCUGUGCUGGCAGCACUCACCUACGAGCCGGACAAGAACCUGCAGGGUCAGCUCGGUGGCUUCAUAGACGAGAAGGUGUUCGUAGAGGAUGAGGAUGAGGACCAAGAUGAGCACCAAAAGAUUGAAGAGCUUCACAAAAGGAGAAAUUUCUUGGCUUCCUUCUGUAAACUCGUCGUGUAUAACAUCGUCAGCAUCCGAACUGCAGCUGACGUGUUCAAGCAUUAUUGUAGGUUCUACAAUGACUACGGUGACAUCAUCAAGUCAGCCCUGGGAAAGUCGCGCGAAAUAAACAAGGUGACGUGCGCCCGAACGCUGGCAGUAAGCUUGACAUCAGUUUUCAAAGAGGUACAGGCUGAACAAGGAGGCAGAGUCAACAGAGGAAGUGAAGGCUUCUCAGCUCUGAAGGAGCUCGGCCGCAGGUUCUCCAUGUCGUUUGGCCUGGAUUUGGUGAGAAACCGUGUAGCUAUAGCCUCUCUUCACAGAGAAGGCAUCAUCUUUGCGCUCUCGCCGCUGGAGAACCCCGACGACCCCCGCGGCCCUCCUCCAAACAUCGCCUUCCUCGAUCUGAUGUGCGAGUUCUCAAACAAACUGAUGAAGCAAGACAAGAAGACAGUAUUACAAUACCUGGAGAAGCACAUGUCGAAGGCGCCGCACCUGAUACGCGGUGAGGAGUGGUCGCCAUACGUCACCUACAAGAACAGCCUGCUGCACCACGGCUCGCACGCGUCCGAGUUCGAACCCACCGUCCAGAAGCACCGCGAGCCGAAAGAACACAAGCCGCGCCGUGUCCGCGGCAAGAGAAAGGCAGAAUUAGCAGAUUUUGGAGAUGUGGAUGCGCAGCCGGCUCAGGCGACUCGGCAGAGCAAGCGGGGGCGUGUCACGCAGCAACAACAGCUCGAGGAGGAAGAGUCGGAGCAAGGCUCCGAGCGCGAAUUUGAAACGUAAGACGAUCGCCGGGAACGCAUAUCCCAGAAACGACGACGUCUGCAUGAUUGCUGUCUAGGGUUCACCCGCGGUGGUGUGUCAGCACCGAGCGGUAGACUUGGCGAGAGAAACUGCGGCCAGUCCGCCUCUUGGCGUCUGUGACGAUUGCUCUUUUUUCUGAGCUGCGCGUUUGUUUCGUAGUGUUUCAUACAGGUCAGGUGAAUGCGAUCAGACGAUAGACUUCACUGUACCUACAUGUGGCAUGCCAUUUUGGUUUCUGACUACCAGGGAGUUCAAAAUCUGAGGUUGUAUCCUCAUAAGUAAAUAAUGAGCAGAAGAGUAGUAGCAGCUAGUUGGGCAGGAUCUUUAUCUAAUUAGUAGAAUUAAGAUACGAAUAUUUUAAUGAUUAGAGAGAGAGCAAGUGAUCGAGUAUGAACGGCGUAGAUACAAUGUUUGCUACACAGAGUUUGCGUAGGCCUAUAAGCCAGCUGAAAACCUAGGCACCUAACUGGGCAAUUUAUUGGGAAUUGCACACUAUUUUUCAAGUUUCUUUACCCGUAGUAUGUAAUGCGUACAUUGAUCAAGGUUUCAUUGUAUGGGAAGGCUACUUCGACUUGGAUCGUAGAAAAAAUGUUGCCUUUUGGAAAUGGUUCGUAUUGUCACAGCUUGCAAUUGUAAAGUGACCGUGUGUGGCUCAUUCAUAUGACCAUGAUGCUUGCAGUAUAGUGUGAAUAUCAAUAAGUCAACUAUUUCUUCCCAAUGUCCGCCAUACUUCCUACACGUCUCUCAAUAGUUGUAGUCUUUUCCACUUCUUCUGUUGCUGUAAAUAUUAGGCACACUGUAAUAGUUCGUCCUAGUACGAGGUGCAUCAUAUUCAUAAUUACUGGAAAUCAUUCCUGUAUUUUUGAGCCAGCACCAAUCUGAAGUAGAAAAUGGUUCUUUGACCAAUUCAAAUAAUGGGAGUGGGUAAAUGCACAGGUGGUGUGAUUAGCUGCAUUGACCUUGCUCGCAGCAUCCCUAGUUAUAUGCAGGGUGGGUUAGCUUCUUACAUCGAAGACGUUGAUGCCGUGUCAUGUAUAUACUGUGUAUGUUAUAUGUAAGUUUUAUACAGACAUCCCCUUCCCAUUGUGCGUAUGUUAAAAGCAAUGGUAUUGUGCUUUUUAUUUACUAUAAGCCAUUUACAAUUUAUACGUGUGGUACAAGUAUGCCUAUGUGUCUGGUGAUAUAAUUUGUGUACGUAUGAACUGCAACUCCUAUUUCAUUAUAUAGUAUACAGGUCACUCUUAAACGGUUUCUGGUGUUUGGUAACCCACAUGAGCUUUCGUCUAUAUUAGCAUAUACUUAUAUACAAGUACAAAUUUGGAAUUGAAAUAAUUGACCAAUUUAUUUGUUGCAAAGAUGCUUCAGGCAAUAUUCAAACACAUUGUUUAUUGUGAAAAAGAACACUGCACAUGUUUUAAAACAAUAUAUAUUUAUUUAUAUGUAAAUACCAUGUCAUAUGUAACUAUAAACUAUAGCAUAGCUUCAAUACUGUUUAUUGUUUAACAGUUAUCGUAGCCUUGACCAAUGCACUUACGAAAUACUAAAUGACAUAAACCUCAUGUGUAUAGAGGUUUAACAGCGAUUUAUGAUAAACUAAGAUCCAUCUUACAAUGUGUCCCACACAGUAAUACAUAUAUAUAUAUAUAUAUAAGAUUUAAGUAGUAUAGUACAAUAUUGUUCAAAUUUGUGCCAAAAACUUUGAAACGUACAAAAUCUUCUGUUGGCAUGAGUUUUGCCAGUCGUUUGGGUUGCAAAAAAACAGAAGUCGUUUGGGUGUGGCCUAUAAUAUCACCAGUUUGUUGUACGUGUAUGCGGCAGCGCUAGAAAUGUUAUGCCACCUGGCAUGGUCGUGAAGGCAAGUCAUCUCUGGGAAAUGUUCAGAGCAUUUCACCUAUUGUGGUACACCUUACCACGUAAAAAUGCUACUGCCGGGUUAGGGUUAAAAAUUGCUACUGGUUCGGUGUUGUCUAUCUUUGCCAGGAAGCCACCACACUUGCUCUAUUGUAACACCGGGUAAUGAUGAGAACAUGAGAUCUUACCGUUUUCUUGGGCUGUGGCUCAAGUUAGUUGGUUGCAGCCACUAUAAACAAAUGUAUAAUAAGUGCUUAAAAUCCAUUAGGGGCAUAGUGUAGUUUCCCGUCGCUAUCUCACACGAGUCGAUGUUUAUCACGUAGACUAAUGAUCUAUAUUGUAGUGAUAAUAGUGUUGUAUUGUUUGCUGAACAUGAGUUUUGAACGUGCAGUUUGUGGUGUACAUUUUGUGCCUGUUGUGAUUACUACUGUUUCAACACGAUUUAGACAGGAUUGCUUCUGUGGGCAGGUCAUAUUUCUUGGUAUGGUGUCAAUCAGUUUAAAAUUUUAGGUGUUCACAUUAUAUUCAAAGUAUGGUAGAUAGUCAUAGUGUGUAUUUUAAAAACACUAUCGUAGGCAGGUAAAACAUGAAAAAGACACAGGAAAGAAUAAUAAGCGGUCAUCUUUGAUGGGUUUCCUUCAUACAUUAGGAAGAUAGUGCAAUAUCCAAAGUACUAGACUGAUAAAUACACUUUCCUAAUCGGGAACAAUAUUAUACUAUGUAACUACACCGAGCAGGAGCAGCAUUUAAUACCUGUAGUAUUCAUCAAUCUUUGUUGAUCUUCACGUAAGUGGUAGCUUAUAAUUGUCAGCCAGUGUUCGGCCCUCGAUUUUUUCUUUUGGUACAUAGUUUUGACGAAGUGUCAAGCACGAGUACGUCUAUUUUGUGGUGUUAAAACACAUGAAACUUGUCAGGCAGUUGGAUGUGCUUGGUGCGGGUUUCUUUGUAAGCUACAUAUGGUUGUUCGUUUAUGUUUACUGUGCAUUAUCAGCUAAUUGUGCUGUCGUUUGGAUAGAAAGUACUAUACUAAAAAAAUUGUGCAUUAACAAGAAGUUUUGUAAGAAACAUGUUGAUCUUUGUAUCUGUAUUGAGAUUUGAAGUUGUAUUACCUUUAUUACACACGCAAUUGAUUAAAUGAUCAUAUAUCAUGUGAGUAUUUCA